CCAGCUUCUGAUUCAGGGCUCUGAGGUGGGCCUGAGACUUCGCCUUCCUAACCAGUUCUCAGCCAUGCCGAUGCCAGGCUGCUGGUGGGCACCUCGCUCUGAAAACCUCUGCUUUCAAAUAUCAGUGCCCCUGAGAAAGGGCCCAUUAGUUUGCCCUUGACAGGCUUCUGUGCUCCUUUCCUCCCUCUGAAUGGCUCCCUGUAUUACUGGCAGCAUGUAUUUGUUGGUGAUCUCCCACCUCUGCUCUGAUCAUUCUUUUAUUAUUAUUUAUUAUUAUUAUUAUUAUUAUUUUUUAUUCUUGAGUCUCGGCCUGCACGUUGCGGAAAUAUCCCAGAAGCUCCGGUGUUUGGUGUCUGCCCUUGUCUCCAGGGCCCUGGUCUCCCAAACUGCAAACUCCAGUCCAGGGCUCAGAGGAAGGGCCUGGGCACAGCAGAGCCCAGACCGAGCGGCUGGCCUGAGCAGCAGCGUCAUGGGCAGCGCCAGCCCCAGCCUCAGCAGCCUGCCCCCCAGCCGCCUCCUUCUGUCCCCCAGCACUGUGCUGCGGACAGGCCCAGAGAAGGUCACUGCCGGGGCGGCGGGGCCCGAGAGACGGGACUGGAGCCCCAGCCCCCCCGCCACGCCCGAGCAGGGCCUGCCCGCCUUCUACCUCUCCUGCUUGGACAUGCUCUACCCCGACGACAGCAUGCUCUACCCCGCCAAGGGCCCCGUCCCCAGCGCUCAUGACGAGCCGCCGGAGGAGCCUGAGCAGUGCCCCGUCAUCGACAGCCAAGCCCCCGGGGGCAGCCUGGACUUGGCGCCGGCGGGGCUGAGCCUGGAGGAGCACUCGCUGGAGCAGGUGCAGUCCAUGGUGGUGGGCGAGGUGCUCAAGGACAUUGAGACGGCCUGCAAGCUGCUCAACAUCGCCUCAGACCCUGUGGACUGGAGUCCAGGCAACGUGCAGAAGUGGCUCCUGUGGACAGAGCACCAGUACCGGCUGCCCCCCGUGGGCAAGGCCUUCCAGGAGCUGGGGGGCAAGGAGCUGUGUGCCAUGUCGGAGGAGCAGUUCCGCCAGCGCUCACCCCUGGGCGGGGAUGUGCUGCACGCCCACCUGGACAUCUGGAAAUCAGCCGCCUGGAUGAAAGAGAGGACCUCCCCCGGGGCGAUUCACUUCUGUGCCUCCACCAGCGAAGAGAGCUGGACGGACAGCGAAGUGGACUCGUCCUGCUCUGGGCAGCCCAUCCACCUGUGGCAGUUUCUCAAGGAGCUGCUGCUGAAGCCCCAGAGUUACGGCCGCUUCAUCCGGUGGCUCAACAAGGAAAAGGGCAUCUUCAAAAUUGAGGACUCUGCUCAGGUGGCCCGGCUCUGGGGCAUCCGGAAGAACCGCCCCGCCAUGAACUACGACAAGCUGAGCCGCUCCAUCCGCCAGUAUUACAAGAAGGGCAUCAUCCGGAAGCCGGACAUCUCCCAGCGCCUCGUCUACCAGUUUGUGCACCCCAUCUGAGGGCUGCGGGCAGACCUCCCCUGCCGCCUGUCCCAGCCAGACCCUGAGCCAGGG